AUGGCUCUUGUCGAUGUAAGUGGUUUUAAGUCCUAUUUUGAUCUAAACGGGCAGAAAUCCAGACAGACGCACCUCGUAGACAGAGCGAACCACUACAGUUUUGGGACCAAAAUUCAGGAAUUCGCCGUUCCUGUGGGCGUAGAACCCUCAGGGUUCAUCAGCUCCUGCAACCGGGAGGGGGGGGUGAGCAUCGACCUGAACCACGGCACCACCACGCUGGCCUUCAAGUUCAGACACGGAGUAAUCGUGGCCGUGGACUCCAGGGCCUCCGCUGGCCGCUAUUUAGCUUCCAAUGACGUGAACAAGGUGAUAGAGAUCAACCCGUACCUGCUGGGCACCAUGUCGGGCAGCGCUGCCGACUGCCUGUACUGGGAGAGACUCCUCGCCAAAGAAUGCAGGCUGUACAAACUGAGGAACAGCCAAAGGAUUUCUGUGGCAGCCGCCUCCAAGUUGCUGUGCAACAUGAUGCUGGGCUACAGAGGCAUGGGCCUCUCAGUGGGCAGCAUGGUCUGUGGAUGGGACAAACAGGGUCCUGGUUUGUACUAUGUGGAUGAAAAUGGGACCCGUCUCUCUGGCCGUAUGUUCUCCACCGGCUGUGGGAACAGCUAUGCCUACGGCGUGGUGGACAGCGGUUACAGAGAGGACAUGACGGUAGAGGAGGCGUACGAACUCGGCCUCCGGGGCAUUGCUCACGCCACACACAGAGACGCCUAUUCUGGUGGAGUGGUCAACAUGUACCACAUGAAGGAAGAUGGAUGGACAAAGGUGUGCAAAAAGGACGUGUCAGAGUUGAUCCACACUUACAGGAAGGGAAUGUUUUGA